AUGGCGUCGUCGGAGCCCCAGCCAACCAAUAAGCAGCCGCACGUCCUGCUCAUCCCCUACCCGGCGCAGGGCCACGUGAACCCGUUCCUGAAGCUAGCCAAGGCGCUGCACGCGCGCGGCUUCCACGUCACCUUCGUCCACACGGAGUACAACCACGGGCGCCUCCUCCGCGCGCGGGGCGCCGGCGCGUUCGACGCCGGUGCCGAGGGCUUCCGGUUCGAGACCAUCUCGGACGGGCUCCCGCCCUCCGACCUCGACGCCACGCAGGACAUCUGGGCGCUCUGCGAGGCCACGCGCCGGACGGGCCCGGCCGCCGUCAGGGGCUCGUCGAGCGGCUGA